UGUCUGAAGCAGCACCACACUGGAGCACUAAUGAGCGGGCUGAGAGCGAACCCAACACAGAUCUCCCAUCAGCUCAGGAGCAGCAGCAACUCUGACGGCAUCUGAGGCAACGACACACAGGACUGAUCUGCAGUCAGCGGGGAAGCUGUAGGGGGAAAAGCGUAGGAGAGGUCGUGAGGUGGCUUCAAAGGCAAAUUAGCUAUUGAGAGAGUGAGAGGAGAGGAGAGGAUUUCUCCACAGCGCACCAAGCGACCUUCUCCGUUCUCUGAAGCUGACCCACAGUGCACUUUCUCUUUCUGAAGACGAAGGACCUUUCCCCUCCCGGAGGAGCUCAGCCAUGGAGGAGAUGCUCACCUGCAGCCGCAGCCCUUUCUCCCAGGUGUUUGGGCGUCAGGGGCAGCUCAUGCAAGCCACUGUUCAGUCUCUGAACAGCCUGAAUGACCAGAUUGCAAACAUCAUGGUGACUGGACCCAAGCCCCUGGAGCAGGAGCAGCCUGUCUUUACCGAGAAGGAGCCUUUGCAGAAAUCCAUGACCCUGAUGAGGCACCUCCUCGUGGAUGCACAGGCAAAAAUCCUGAAAAUGAUGGAUGACAACAAGCAGUUGGCCCAGCGCAUCGAUGGGGCCAUUCAGUCUGCCAGCCAGGAGGUGACCAACCUGCGGUCAGAGCUGAGCGCCACCAGCCGCAGACUGGCCGAGCUGGGGGCAACCGACUCUGCCAGCAUGCUCGAGACCCUGCAGCACAACCACAACGAUCCCUCUUCCCACCCAAGGCAGAAGCCGCCAGCCACUGACCUCUGCUACAAGACUGAAAUCAGCAGUCUUAUGGACUUCAACUCUCCAGACGCUUCCCUGGACAAAGUCCUGCUGCGUGAGGAGGUGGCCCAGCUCCAGGAGGAGGUGCACCUGCUGCGGCAGAUGAAGGACAUGUUGAGUAAGGACCUGGAGGAGACCCAGGGAGGCUGCUCCGCCGACGUGCUCUCCGCCACCGAGCUCCGCGUGCAGCUGGCCCAGAAGGAGCAGGAGCUGGACCGAGCCAAGGAGGCUCUGCAAGCCAUGAAGUCGGACCGUAAGCGCCUGAAGGCAGAGAAAGCAGACCUAGUGAACCAGAUGCAGCAGCUUUAUGCCACACUGGAGAGCCGGGAGGAGCAGCUCCGCGACUUCAUACGCAACUAUGAGCAGCACAGAAAAGAGAGCGAGGACGCAGUGAAGGCACUGGCCAAAGAGAAGGACUUGCUGGAGAGAGAGAAGUGGGACCUGCGGCGGCAGACCAAGGAAGCCACGGAGCACACGGGGAUGCUGCGCUCCCAGCUCGACCUCAAGGAGAACCGCAUCAAGGAGCUGGAGGCUGAACUGGCCAUGGCCAAACAGUCACUAGCCACCCUGACCAAGGAUGUGCCCAAGCGCCACUCUCUGGCCAUGCCCACGGAAACAGUUGUUAACGGCAACAACCAGGAGUGGGUGAUGCAGGCCGACCUUCCCCUGACUGCUGCCAUCAGACAGAGUCAGCAGACCCUCUAUGUCCACACGGGACACCCUACUGACAGACAAGUGGCUGCCGUGCGGGUGAGCCCGUGCCACUCGCGUCAGCCCUCCAUCAUCUCCGACGCCUCGGCGGUGGAGGGAGACCGGUCAUCCACACCCAGCGACAUCAACUCGCCGCGCCAUCGGACUCACUCCCUCUGCAAUUCCCUAGAAGAUCUGGAGGAGGCGAAGCGUAAGAAGAAGAAAGAGAAGAUGGGACUGGGCUCUCUGUCGCGUGUCUUCGCCCGGGGAAAGCAGCGCAAGUCCCUCGACCCUGGUUUGUUUGAUGGUACUUCAACGCCUGAUUAUUACAUAGAGGAGGAUGCAGACUGGUAAAGCACACAUGUCCGAGCGAAUCACCUGGACAGCCUUUGUGGCAAUUAUCAGAAGACAGCGUUGUGUUGUGUGUGUGAGAAAGAGAGAAUAUGGCAGUGUGUUUGACGUCCGUGUGUACAGAUAUAAUAAUGUGUGGGCCUGCGCAGUCUCACACGCAUGCAUACCUGUGUGUGUGUGUGUGUGAGAGAGAGAGCGUGCAUGCGUGUGUCGUCCAUGGUCAGAGGCCAUGUCAGAAGCCGGAGGCGUGUCUUGCUUCGCUGAAGUGUAAACCUUAACGAGCAAAUUGCACCUGUAUGUAUGUACAGCCCUGUAAAUAGAGUGGACAGUGUGACACAGCGACCAUGUGGAUAUGUUCUAUUGUAUCUGCCCUCCAAAACGGCUGUGUUAUUGGAUCUUUUAAUUGUUCUUUACAUUUUGACUUUUUGUUUUCACUCAACUGGAAACUUGAAGGACUGCUGUACUUGUAAAUAACAACAGUUGAUGUGCACUUUGUGCGUGUAAAUGUCUCCUUGUCCUGAAUGCCUUUUGUUAUUUUUGACAUGUACUCCCCCCUCCUCUCACUACCUUUUAACUUGAACUCCCUGUUUAUUGUCCUGCUUGGUCCAUCCCCCUCCUCCUCCUCCUCCUCCUCCUCUUCCCUCCACACUGCCAUGAUGAGAACAGUUUCCUGUCGGCAACAUGCAGACUCCUCAAAUCCGUCUCUAAUUUGGUCGUACAACACAUCCCUCAAUCCGCCAAGAAAACUGUGCACCCCUUGAUGUUCGCUCAAAUGACACUUCAAAGACGCUGCUAAGCGAGGAAUAAACUUUCUGCGCAGAACAGUUUGUUCCACAGCAACAUGAAGCCAAACAGGAAAUGUAAGAAAUGUGUUUUCUAUCUGUUCGGAUAGAAGGUACAUGCCGAGGUACAAGUGUGACAUGCAUGCACAUAGUCCCAGUCCCCAAAUGCAUGUUGAAACAAAACCCUGCUAAACAGAAAUGUCUUUCUCUGGGUUUGUUGUCGAGGAGGUGUUAAAAAAAAAGAGAGGUCAGUUACUGUUUAUUCAUGAUUGUCAUGAAGUUAUUUAGAUGAAUGAUUGAGAGCUUUACAUCCCAAACUAAACAUUUUAAUCUACAAGGCUCUUUAUGCAAAAUUACAUAUAAAAAUAUUAAAGGUCAGCCCAACCACCAGUCACAAAGAAAACCCAGCUCUACACAUUUAAUGAUUAAAUAAUUAUUCCAUUUAUUCAUGAGGCUUUGUACCAUUUUCUUGCUGUAGGAUGUUACAGUAGCUUGUAGCUAUCUCAUUAUUAAUACUUAAAAAAGAAAAGGCUGCUGGGAGUAGAAUUAUUAUGGGAAAAGUUAGUCUAAAAAAGAAAGAUCUUACCAUAGCAUGAGUAGGUGGAUAAACAUUGAAUUUACUAGCAUUGUAGAUAUUAUACUGAAGGCCAAGGCUUUUCCGAAUCAGGUAAUUUUAGCAGAAAAUCUGAUUUUAAAGGCCUGAGUGUGGAGCUGACAUUAAAUGAACUGGUAUAACAAUAACGAGUGCCAACCCAGGAGGUUAAAAAUCAGAUUUGAGCAGGCUAAUCAAACUGAAGCAAAUGCAUACCUUCUCCCAUGACCCCCAAAUUCUGAUGCAGAGUUCAGGCCAUGGCUGAAAAAAAGCAAUUAACUCGGUGCCAAAGGUUAAUAGCGUUUCUUCAAGCAAAAGAAUGACUACAGACGUUGGAUUAUUUUCAUCCUUUCAUUGGAUUGAGCCGGAGUCUGCACUGCCACCCCCAGGAAAUCUUUUCUCUCCCUGAUAUUAAACUAACACUGGGUAUUUGUCGGUCUCAUCUGAAACACUAUAGAGUCACAGAUUACAUUGGAGCUGUAUUUAACCACAGUGCUUUUCAAAAGAGCGUUCAUGUAAGCAGUGAGGGGAUUAUCAUUUAACCCUUAGCUCAGCCUACAUUUGGGCUCGCAGAUAUUGGAUUUAGAGGUGAAUCACUAAGGUAAUUUAUAGAUAAAUCAUCAUGUAUUGAAUUGUAUGUAUAAGAACAACAUCUCAAGCAGUUAUUUUCAUUAAGCCUUUAAUGAAAUGUAUGAAAAUCUAGGCUAUUUUUAUUUUUUCAUUUAACCAACCUCUGCUGAUGGGGAGGAAAAACAUAUCAAAUGCAAAAACAUUGUAUGAUUCUUAUGCUUUGAGCCACGGUCUCUUUGUUUGUUUUUUGUUUUUUUCCACAAAUAUUUUACUUUUUGUAAAUGAGAUAACAUUACAGAAAUAAAAUUAAUAUUAUUAUUAAUAAGAGUUUUUAUUUAAAGUCAGAGAUGUAGGCCUCAGUGGAGGACUUCUAUUGAGAGGUCCGCAGAUGUUUAGAAGUGAAUAGUAGCGAACUUUUAAAGGCAUGGCAACAAAAUCACACUCAAAAAAGAACUAAAUGAGAAAAAUAAGA